UCCGAAGAGCGACAGAGCAGGCGCUGGCCAAUGGCGGCCAAGCCCCGUCGAGAGUAAUGUUGAGCGAGCUGAAGACUGAAGACACUGCGUAUCGCCUGUGCUCCCUCAUAGACAGCCAUUGCAGAGCAUUGAGAUCCAGCGAUAGUCAGUUGAUACUGCCAUCAAGAUGGGGAAAGAUCCAACUAAACCGAGGGGGAAGAUGUCCUCCUAUGCCUACUUUGUCCAGACCUGCAGAGAGGAGCAUAAGAAGAAACACCCUGAUGCAUCAGUGAACUUUGCAGAGUUCUCCAAGAAGUGCUCUGAGCGAUGGAAGACAAUGUCGGCCAAGGAGAAGGGCAAAUUUGAAGACAUGGCGAAGCAAGAUAAGGCUCGCUACGAGAGGGAGAUGAUGAGCUACGUGCCUGCUAGGGGUGGCAAGAAGAAGAAGUUCAAGGACCCCAAUGCUCCCAAGAGACCCCCAUCUGCUUUCUUCAUCUUUUGCUCAGAGUUCCGCCCUAAGGUGAAAGGUGAGAGCCCUGGUCUCACCAUUGGAGAUGUCGCCAAGAGGCUGGGCGAGAUGUGGAAUAGCACCUGUGCAGAGGACAAGCAGCCCUAUGAGAAGAAGGCAGCUAAACUGAAGGAGAAAUAUGAGAAGGACAUCGCAGCUUACCGUGCUAAGGGCAAAACAAGCAGCGCACCGGCAAAGGCCCCCGCCAAGGCCGAGAAGGAUGACGACGACGACGAUGAAGACGACGACGAGGAGGAAGAGGACGACGAUGACGAGGAUGAUGAUUAGAAUGGCGGGCAAUCUAUAGUGGUCAUUUUCUUGUUUAUAAAGCAUUUAACCCCCUUGUCCACACUUCACUUGCUAAAUGAAAAUACAAUAGUAACAAAGGGGUAAAAAAAACAACAAAAUGAGUAAAACAAAAAAAAAUUAAUGCCAACAUAAAGGCUGUGUAUAUCGGUUGUUUUUAUGCUGUACAGUUUUUCUUUUUUUUCUUUUUUUCCCCUUUUUUGUAUAGUUAACACUACACAUGUAUGGUGUCUGUAUCCUUCUGCCAGUCUUAUUUUCUUCCCAGUGGUAGUUUUUCUAGACCACUAUCCUGCCUGGUACACUGUAAAGGGGGUGGGCUUGCAGUAUUUCCCUUAGCUAGCAGUGCACAGCACAUAAAAACGUCGGAGUUAGAUCUGAGUGUUUCCUUCAAAUUUUUUUUUUCUUUGUGUGUUUUUAUUUCAAACAUGUCAUCAGAAUUGACGUAUCACGGUUAUUUUACUGAUCUUUCUGUACCACGGUAAUCCUAAAAAAAAAAUAAUAAUAAAAAAACUUGUUUAUUGUUGAACUUUAAAUUGCUUCUGAUGUCAAUAAACUUUUUUUUUAAUAAAA